UCCUUUGGUAUUUUCAGCUCCCAGCACAGACUUGAAAGACAGUCUUUAUACCAUAAAUAUUAAAUGAACGAGUUAAUAAUUGCUUAAGAAAUCAGAGAAUGAACGGACGAAGAGAGGUAGUUAGGAACCAGGUUUUGCAUCCAGACCGACCCGGCUGCGCCAGCGAACUGUGUUUCCACAGGUGCCCGACGCGAAGCUCACUUUAACAAGGUCCACAGAGAAGAUGCGAAUAUUUACAACGGUGACGACACCGAAGGCACCUCCGACGAGCGAGGCAAAGCGGAAGAGGCGCGGCCGGAAGCGGAAGGGCGGCAAGGCGUGAGCGGCGUCUCAGUUGCCAUGGAGACGGGGAGAGCAGGGGACCGGCUGUCUGCAGAGUCCGGGUCCUGCGCUUUCGGGGGCGCGACGUGGACGCCCGCCUCGCGUCAGGCCCGGGUCCGCAGCCCCAGCGAGUCCACCCGUCUGUCCUCGGUCGCCUGCUCCGAAGCCUCUCACUACGGCUUUGGGGGCCGGGGCCGCCGCGCGGGGCCAGCCGCGCUCCGGCCGCUCCCCGAGCCGCCACUGCUGCGUCUGCGCCCCACCUCGCUGCGCACCCAAGACAUCUCGCACUUGCUCACCGGCCUCUUCCGCAGCUUGUACACCAACGAGGUGAUCGGCGAGGACCUGAGCGCGAACUUGAUCAAGGCCCGCGGCAGCCAGGAUGCGCGCCACGAGGAAUUCGUGGACGAGCUUCGGCGGAUUCGGGAGCUCUACAAGCAGCGGCUGGAUGAAAUUGAAAUGUUGGAGAGACAUAUCAUUCAGGGCCGCGCACGAGCUCUUGCAGAGAAAGAACGGAUCAUGCAACAGGCCGAUGUGCAUGCCCAGGAGACCUUCAUCAAGAUGCCUCCAGUGAAGUCUAUCUUCAGAUGGUGUGUGGACAGUGUGUUGCUACAGAAGCAUCAUUUGAUCUGCCCGGAUGAUUACUACAGUGACACCGUACCGUUUUGCUCUGCACCUAAAGGCGUCUCUGUCCCUGGAUGUUCAAAACUCACAUUCAGUUGUGAGAAGCGUUCUGUCCCAAAGAAGCACCUGACCAAGAAGCUUGAAGAUCCCUGCAGGAAGAUGCUCAGUAAGUCUGACGAGGAGCUGGACUACACUGUGGACAGCCUGACAUGGGACUCAUCUUUAGAGGCCAAGCGCAAGACUGUCCAGAAAACAGGUCCACCCAAGAAUAAGAACUGGAUGAACCACUUACCUGUGCCCCAGAGAGAGCUGGAGCGACUUCUGCUCGCCAGAAUGGACAGUCGGAUCCGCUUCCUCAAAAACCCCCGGUUUUUCCCUCCUAACACUCCACGUGGAGGUACGUCUCUCCUCUUUCCUCCGAAGAAGCCAGUGCUGACAGGAGACCUCCAGAGUGGAGAGCCAGUGGAGAGUUGUGCUGAUACUCCAGUGUUUCUUGCUAAACCAUCAGUCGGAUUUUUCACAGAUUAUGAAGUUGGGCCAGUUUAUGAGAUGGCGAUCUCGCUGCAGAACACCACGGCGGCCAGCCGCUGCCUAAGAGUCAUCCCGCCGUCGACGCCGUUCUUCGCGCUGGGAUUGGGGAUGUUCCCAGGAAAAGGCGGAAUGGUGGCCCCUGGGAUGACCUGCCAGUAUAUCGUCCAGUUUUCUCCCGACUGCCUCGGGGAUUUUGAUGAUUUCAUUUUAGUUGAGACCCAGUCAGCCCACACGCUUGUGAUCCCCCUGCAAGCCCGGAGGCCACCCCCAGUGCUGACAUUGUCACCGGUAUUGGACUGUGGCUACUGCCUCAUCGGGGGAAUGAAGAUAACCAGGUUCCUGUGCAAAAACGUGGGCUUCAGCGUCGGCAAGUUCUGCAUCAUGCCUAAAAAGAGCUGGCCACCGCUGAGCUUCAGGGCUGUCGCAACCUUGGGCUUCGUUGAGCAACCGCCCUUUGGAAUCCUGCCUUCCAUGUUUGAGCUGGCUCCGGGGCAGGCCGUAUAUGUGGAGGUCUCGUUCCUCCCGACAAGCCUGGAAAAGGCAGAGCAGACCUUCAUCAUUGUGUGCGACAACUGCCAGAUAAAGGAGCUGGUGACCGUAGGAAUUGGGCAGCUGGUUGCUUUGGAUCUGAUCUAUAUUUCUGGCGAAGAAAGCCAGCCAGAGCCCGGAGAGCUUACAGACUUAACAGCCCAGCACUUCAUACGCUUUGAGCCGGAGAACGUUCAGUCCACAGCUAGAAAACAGCUCAUUAUUAGAAAUGCUACGCACGUGGAGCUGGCCUUCCGCUGGCAGAUCAUGAAGCCGAACCUGCAGCCCCUAAUGCCUGGAGAGACCUACAGCAGGGACAGCCUCAAGUACCACCCUGACAGGGAGACGGCCUUCUCCGUCCUGCCCGAGAGAGGGGUCCUCAGCCCCCACACGGACCACGAGUUCAUCCUGAGCUUCUCUCCUCGUGAGCUGAGGGAUUUUCACAGUGUGCUCCAGAUGGUGCUAGAAGAAGUCCCAGAUCCCACGAGCUUGGAAUUGGAAACCCUGAAGGAUUGCUCAUGCUCUGCGGAUGACGUCAUUGUCCUGGAAAUCGAGGUGAAAGGCUCGGUAGAACCUUUCCAGGUUCUCUUAGAACCGUAUGCCCUCAUCAUCCCCGGGGAGAACUACAUUGGUAUAAAUGUGAAGAAAGACUUUAAGAUGUGGAACAACAGCAAGUCCCCCAUCAGAUACCUGUGGGGGAAGGUCAGUGACUGCCACAUCAUUGAAGUGGAACCCUGCGCAGGGACCAUAGAGCCCAACGAGGUGGAGGAUUUUGAGUUGAGCUUUACCGGGGGUGUCCCCGGCCCAACAAGCCAGGACCUGCCGUGUGAAAUCCAAAACUCACCCUCACCGGUGGUGUUACACAUUGAGGCGGCCUUUAAGGGGCCGGCCCUUGUCAUCAAAGCCUCAGCCCUUCAGUUUGGUUUGCUCCGCCUGGGGCAGAAAGCCACCGACACCAUCCAGAUCCAGAACAUCAGCCAGCUCCCAGCCACGUGGUGCAUGAAGGAGAGCCUGGUGUGCCUCCAAGGAAGGCAGGAGAGUGUGUCUCCCUUCGACACUGAGCCCUCGAGCGGCCAGAUCCCUGCUCUGGGGGAGUGCAGGGUGACCAUCACCUUGGAGGCCAAGCAGUGCCAGCGCCUGCAGACCGUCCUGGAGCUGCAGGUGGUAAACGGAGCCUGGAGCUACCUUCCUGUAUACGCCGACAUACAGGAGCCCUACGUGUACCUGCCAAACAGCCACGUGGAAGUCAGCAACCUGUACCUGGGUGUGCCCACCAAGGCAACCAUUAGACUCAUCAAUGGCACACUCCUGCCCACCCGCUUCCGCUGGGGCAAGCUGCUGGGGCACCAAGCAGACUUCUGCAUGGCCAAGGUCUCCCCGAGACGUGGCACGCUGGGUCCCAGUGAGGAGCGCCAGCUCAGCCUGGAGUUCACUGCUCACACCCAGGACGAGCUGAGCCAUCUGGCCCUCCCUUGUACCGUGUCGGGCAUGAAGGAGCCAGUGGUCCUGGGCAUUUCUGGGAAACCCCAGGGACUGCAAGUGGCUAUUGCCAUCUCUGCGGAGGGCUCUGACGGCAGCAUUCCCAGCACAGAGCUGUGGCCGGACCACCUGCAGGAGCUCUGCCUCGACUUUGGCUCCACAGUGCCUCUGAGGACCCGCGUGAACCGCCAGCUCAUCCUGACCAACCGCUCCCCGAUACAGACGCCCUUCACCCUCAAGUUUGAGUACUUCGGGGGCCCCCCAAACGGCCCGAAUCAGAAACCCAGCCUCCCCGACGUGCCCCCUGCCCUGCUGAAGACGUCGCGGAUUCGAGAACGCUUGGCCAAGCGAGAGCAGCUGAAUUUUAUGGAAAGCCUGUUGUCUCAUGGGAAAGGAGCUGCCUUCUUUCCCCACAUUUCCCAGGGCACGCUGGGGGCCCACCAGCGGCUGCGCAUCGACAUCACGGGCUAUGCAAACAUGUGGGGCGAGUACUGGGACGACCUCAUCUGCACGGUGGGCGACCUGCCGCCAACAGUCAUCCCGGUGCAUAUGGCGGUCGUGGGCUGCCCCAUCAGCUCCCUGAGGACCACUUACUAUACCACUGACCAGUUGCAGAAGGAGCCUGUCAUCAGGUUCGGCACCCAGGUCUCCGGAGGAGACACAGUCACCCGGGUCCUUCGUUUGAAUAACUCCAGCCCCUGUGAUAUCCGCCUGGACUGGGAGACCUACACUCCGGAAGACAGGGAGGACCGGCUGGUGGAGCUGCUGGUGUUUUAUGGGCCACCCUUCCCGCUGCGGGACCAAGCUGGAAACGACCUCUUGUGCCCAGAGACCCCUGCAAGCAGCAGCUCCUUCUGGCCCCCAAGCUCCUCCGAUGAGUCAGACUCCAGCCGUGAAGCUGCCCAGUCUGCCGAGGGCUGCUCCAGGGUCAGCGACAGGGCCUCACGGAAGAUCGUCUCGGUCGUCCUGCGGAAGCACGACGGGGUGCCCUGUGGCCACCUGUACCGCGUCAGCCCCAAGCAGAUGGUGGUCCCCGCCGGCGGCAGCAGCAGCAUCUCUGUGUCCUUCACGCCCAUGCUGCUCGGCCCCGGUACCCGGCACAAAGUGGAGUGUGUCGGCUAUGCCCUGGGCUUCAUGAGCCUGGACGAUGAGGUGGCAAGAGAGCUUCCCGGGAGGCGGCGGCGCCUGCAGGACUUCGCCGUGGGAGCCCUGAGACUGGACCUGUGCAGCUCUGUGAGGCCCGCACAGCUGAGCGUGGAGCCGGACUACGGCGGUGGCACGGAGUUCUGGCACCAGGCCAGCGACCUCAUCCCCAAGCAGCCCUGUUCUGGGGUGCUGAGCGAGCUGGUGACCACCCACCGUCUGAAGCUGACCAACACCACAGAAAUCCCACAGUCCUUCCGGCUCCUGGUCUCCAGGCCCUUCUCUGUUGCUCGAGAUGGGGCCAGCCGCAGCCGCAGAGCCCCUGGCCGGGUGCAGGGGUGUGACGAGGAGCCGGCCACGGCCGGCCAGCCGCUGGUGCUCCGCCCGAAGGAGAACAUGCUGGUGAACGUGUCCUUCUCGCUGUCCCUGGAGCUGCUCUCCUAUCAGAAGCUCCCGGCGGACCAGAUGCUGCCCGGGGUGGACGUUCGGCGGCAUGCCAACGGAGAGAAGGAGAUGGUGUUCGCCCAGAACCUGCUCCUGGAGUACGCCGACCAGCCCGCUCAGGUGGUGCCCCUGAAGGCCACGGUGGCCGUGCCCGAGCUGCAGCUCUCCACCAGCUGGGUGGACUUCGGGACCUGCUUUGUGAACCAGGCACGGGUCCGGGAGGUCUACCUCAUGAACCUGAGUGGCUGUCGGAGCUACUGGGCCGUGCUGAUGGGUCGGCAGGAGCCAGACGACGACCCUGGGGCCUUCAGGGUAUCUCCAAGCAGUGGGCUGCUGGAAGCACGACUGGUCAACGCACCCCCAAAUACCAUCACCCUCCAAGUUUUCUUCACUGCCAGGAGCAGUGAGCUGUACGAGUCCACGCUGGCGGUGGAAGGUGUGCUUGGUGAGGCGGCUUGCACCCUGCGGCUCCGAGGCCAAGGCUCUUAUGACGAGAGAUACAUGUCACCCCACCAGCUCUGAGGCUCUGCCCUCAGCCCCCAGCUUCGGAAAUAAAACAUGACCCAGAGCCGGGAACAGAUUUGCUGGGCAGACGUGCACGCUAAUGGACCUCCAAGCAGCUCCUGGGAUGGAAGGGACUCCCUUGCAGGGCAGGCCUCGCGUGCCCUCAGCACUAACGCAAAAGGCAGGAAGAAUGAGUACUCAGCUAGGCAAGAGGCAACGCCACGAACGGCCAGAACUGGCCCUUGGGAAAAACCACAACCACCAAGAUGAGAACGCAUAUUUACUGUCUGAUGCAUAGCUCACCCCCCAGGACUUACACGGUGGCCUGGGUAACCUGGCAGAGAGCAGCCCUCUACCUCGGCCACACCUACACUGCGUCACCAGCGCUCACGUUAGUCCCCGUGUCUUGCUCUGCCCGGUGCUGCGGCCACCCCCAGAGCAGAACUAAACGGUGCCUCUGGCCUGGGGCCUCACUCAGUUUCCAGGGUAUUCAAAGACAGCAGCGGCUCCCAUCCCGGUCCCGAUGCACAUGGACACCACCCCGUAUGCCCUGUGGACACAAGGUGGAUUGUGUUUGCUGGGUGAAGGCACCAGGGCAGAGGCCUCAUCACCAAGCCCUCCCGGGUUCCCAGACUGCCCACCUAGGCCCGCGCACAGGGUGGCAGACCCUCGCUGCAGGCCCCGGCGCCCUUCCCCCUGGCCCUCAGGGCAGACCAGGGUCAUGGCCCUCUAGCCUCAGCGUGUGGGGGCCUGUACGCUACCCCACCCUGCGCAUCCACGUGACACCCCCAUGGGGGUCAGCCUCACCUCUUCCCGCGGCGCUUUAGUUCGUUGAGGAGCGUGAUGACCUGUCGAGCUCCAGUGCAGCCCAGUGGGUGACCCAAGGCCACCGCACCCCCCAGAGGGUUCACCUUCUCGGGGGGGAGUCCCAGCUUCUCCACACAGUAGACAGCCUGGAGGGAGGCAGAGCAUCAGCUGUAGUUCCCUCCCCUCCCCCCACCGUGUGCCCACUCGCCCCAGCUCCACUAGCCAGGGCCCGGGCAGCCGUGGAAAAGAAAAGCUCACCUGGCUUGCGAAGGC